UUUGUUCCCGAGUUUUUCUUACAGGGUUUGUCAUUUUGACGCGUAACACGAUCGUUUCCCCAAAAAGUCAAUUUGUUUUUUUCCCUUCUUCUUCUAAUCCAUCUUCUUUACCAAAAUUGAUACUUUUCUUAUGCGAAGGUUCAUUUCCUCAGAUCACAAAAUUUCAUCUCAUCGUCUUCAACAAAAACCCUAAAAGCCUUGAUUUUUGUUCGUUUCAAUUGUGUGUGUGUACUCGAAGACUCGCCAGACAUUAAAGGCUUGAUCUUUCGUUUCUCUGAUCAAAGUUUUGCUCAAUGAAGAAGGUGCUUCAUCGAAGUUUUAAGCCUGCAAAAUGCAAAAUUGCUUUACAAAUGGCGGCUUCACGCCUGAAAAUACUGAAGAACAAAAAGGAUACACAGAUUACACAAAUGAGGAGAGAUUUGGCUCAAUUGCUCGAGUCCGGCCAAACCCAGACAGCUAAAAUUCGGGUAGAGCAUGUGGUUAGAGAAGAGAAGACAGUGGCUGCUUAUGAGCUCGUUAGUAUAUAUUGUGAACUCCUCGUUGCUCGUUUGGGUGUGAUUGACUCUCAAAAGACCUGCCCUAAUGAUCUUAAGGAAGCUGUGGCGAGUGUCUUAUACGCUUCCCAAAGGUUAACAGAUGUUGCAGAACUCUCAGAUAUUGUUAAGCAAUUCUCUUCAAAGUAUGGGAAAGAUUUUGUUUCAGCUGCUAUUGGUUUGCAACCGGAUUCUGGUGUGAGUCGAUUGUUGGUGGAUAAAUUGUCUGUUAAAGCUCCUGAUGGUCCAACGAAGAUCAAAAUUUUGACGGAGAUUGCUACGCAGCAUAAUGUAACUUGGGAAGCAGAAUCUUUAGUUGAAUCAGAUCCAAAGGAAACUGUAUUGGCGAGUGGAGCAAGUUCCUGUCACUCUAAGUCAGCAACUGAAAUAAAGUCGGAGUCUUCAAGAAUCCAAAACAAUCAACUUCCUGAAUUUCAAGCUCCAGCUACUGUCAAUGCGUCGCAGAAUUCAUAUGGGAUUGAUGGGAGGUCUUCAAGCCGCACUACAUCUACUGAUCUCAACAUUGGGAAGCCACCUGACCACUAUCAUCAAGACCCAAAACCGUCUGGAGAUAGAACUGACGGUAGAGUACACAGACAUCCCAAUCCAGGUCAUGGGGGUUCAUCUUCAUGGGAAACAGAAUUUGUGGAUGCAACGAGCGCUGCACGUGCAGCUGCUGAGUCUGCGGAAAGAGCCAGUUUUGCUGCACGUGCAGCUGCUGAGCUUUCAAGUAAAGAACGGAUGAUGACAAUGCAGAAUUCAACAGAGUCUCUGAAUUCAUCCUCUUAUGAUAAUGUAAGAAACAAUCCCCCACAUAGUCGUAGUAGCUCUAAUGUGCAAGGCGGAGGUUUCGGUAAGGAAGAAAUGUUAAGAGGCAGUAACAUGCAAGAAGAUCAAUCUACUACUAGGGCAGAAUCUUCUAAGAAGCCUGUUGAUGAGCUAUCAGAAAAUGCUUCAUGGAGGAAAGGUCAUUCACGGGAGAACUCAUUGGGGAUGAGGCCGAACGAUUCUUUUGCUAAAAUAGGUAGAGAGAAGAAGCAGCCAAGUGUGAAUGAUAUAAACCUAAACAAUUCAGAAGAUGUUCUGCUCAAGAAACAGUCUAGUCGUGCUUCAUCACAUUCACACUCAAGCAAUUUAUCUGAUGACAAUGAUGUCACUGCCUCGGACCAUAUCGAUUCCCCGAGCAUCUUGGAAAAAAACCGAUUUCAGAGCACUGUUGAAGAUACAGAGAGUCACAAUGACGGUCCUGAUGUUGUUGCUCCAGCUUUUGAUGACCAUAGCUCGUUUUUCGAUAAACCUCAAUUUGACACAGAUGAUGCUUAUCAUGAUGAACCAGAUGAAGGAUUAGGAUUUUCAUUGCUUGGCAGUAGCAGAAAAACACCUGAUCAUGUGCCAACAGAGUCAAGUUCAUGGAGCUUCGAAGGACACCAGGCUCUGGGACAACCCAGCUCAGCCUCAACCUCACAGGUUUUUGAGAAGGAGCAGCCAAGUUCUCCAAUAUUUGACGAUGGUCCUAUAAGUCCUCCGGCUUCUCUGCAUGAGCCUAAGCCGUCUGCAAUGUUUGAUGACUAUGACCAAAAUUCUGAAAGUGAAGAAGACAACCUGAAAAGCAUAGGAAAUGUUUCGAGACAUGUACUAGAAGAAAUCCCGAAGCUGAAAUCUCAUAAGUCCCCAAAGGCUAAUGUUCCUGAUGAUUUAGGACGCUACUUUUUCCCCUCAGACACAGAAGACGAAGGAGAUGAUUCCAAAAUACAGGAAGUAUCCGACACAGAGACACCUACAUGUCUUAAGUUUGGACCUCUAGCCGGUGAACUUAAGAAUGAAACAACUCUCCCAUCUUAUGGAAUGAGUCCGCCAAGAGAUAAGACAUUGUCUAAAUCUGUUAAAGAGCAUGUCCCAACCGAAGUUGAUUCGUCGAGGUCUUCUUCUUUUCAGACAGACAAGAAAGAAAUUUACACUCAGAGAGCAAGCAACUCGGACAAAAGACCAAGCUCUAUACCUCCAGAUUCACUUUCUAGUGAUGAUGAAUCAGAGACGGAACGUCGGGAGAUAGUUUCUGUCCGAUAUCAAGAUCAAAAAACUGAGUCAAGAACCCAGCCAACACAUCUACAUUCACGCGUCAGUCAUGAGGACUUGGAGAAAAAAAUUCCGACUCGAGUUUCCACCAAAAGUCAAGAGAGGAGGAUCCACAAGAUCACCCCUGCUUCUGCUUCUGCCUCAUAUUUUCACUCAAUAUCUAGUGACGAUGAAGAUGAGAAAGAUUUUGGUAGAGAUGCUGCACGCACCCAAACCAAGCCUUCUAUUUCCAUCUCACGAAGAACGAAGGGCCAAGAGAGAAGAUCAUCUCUGGUUACUGCGAAAACCGAGACAGUCUCUCAUGGUCAAGAUUCGCCUCCGAAGCCAAGUCCUGAGGCCAAGCCACUGGCUAAACAACAUGUAUCAGCCAAUCCUUCAAGCUCUCUUCCAAACUCUGACAUAGCUUCUCACGAACAAGAAUCUCCUUCGAAGCUAAGUACUAAGGCCAAGCCACUGGCUAAGCAACAAGGAGCAGCUUCUUCUUUAAGCUUUCUACCAAAAACCGACAAAGCUUCUCACGAUCAAGAAUCUCUUCCAAAGCCAGGUCUACAGGCCAAGCCAGCGGCUAAGCAACAAAGAUCAGCUACUUCUUCAAGCUCUCUUCCAGGAACUAGAAAAGUCUCUCACUAUCGAGAAUCUCCUCCAAAGUCAACUCCAGAGGCUAAACAAGAAGGGUCAGCUUCUUCAAUCUCUCCUCCCAAAACUGUGACAUCAACUGACCCAGUAACUCCAGCAAAGGAGAUAUCUAGCCAUGUUCAUCCCAAACUCCCAGAUUACGACGACAUAUUUGCCAAGCUUGGGGCUCUUCGUCGCUGAAUUUCUAAUACUCAUUCUUCCCGUCUGUUGAUAUAUAGAUAAUCAUUGUUUUAUUAGCGUUCAUUCUUUUCUUUGAUUGUUUGCUUGUACAUUGAAGUUGAUUUUUUCGCAUCCUGAGCAUAAGGUUUUUGCCUUGAGGUAUUUCAUUUCAUUUGUAUAACAUGUUUGGCUUCAUUGUAAUAUACAAUCAGGUUAUUGUCAUA